CUUUGAUGCGCCGUCGCCUUCUUACUCUCUCUCUCGUCUCUCAGAAUCGCUUAAUCCCAAGCAAAAGCUGCUUCCAUCCUACUCUUCUCUUCGUGCUCUCCUUUCUAAUUAGGAUUAAGAAUCAUGUCUGAUGCAAAGGAAGAGAAAGCACAGGUUGCAGCCGACAGAAUCAAAGCUGCUACACUCACUGCUGCCAAAGGACUUAGCCGUACUCAAGCCGAGCGAGCAGCCACAGCUGCUGCUCGUAACGUCAACGCUUAUGGGCAAAAGGAAGAAGGUCCUAGCAGAUGGCAGGAGAAGAGGGAAGCCAAGAGGCAGAUGUAUUUGAUGAGUACUGAGAAAGCUGUUAGGCUUGGUGAAAGGAAAGACAAGUCUAUGUCUGCCUCUGCUGUUGUUGGAGGCGCUUCUCAGUGUCAGAAGUGUUUUCAGACAGGGCAUUGGACUUAUGAGUGUAAGAACGAGAGGGUUUAUGUGUCCAGGCCGUCGAGGACUCAGCAGCUUAAGAAUCCUAAGUUGAGGAUGAAGCCUUCUGUUGAUGAUCUUGAUGGUGAUGAUGAGAAGGUAGAGGUGAUAAAUGGGAAAGAAGAAGAAGGUGAGAGGAGGUCUAAGAGGAAGCACAGGUCGAAGUCUGAGUCUGGGAGUGAUAGUGAAGCCUCUGUGUUUGAGAGUAGUGAUGGAUCUGAAUCAUCUGGUUCAGAGUACAGUUCUUCGUCUGAGUCAGAGGAGGAGAGGAGGAGGAGAAGGAGUAAGAGGAAGAGCAAGAAGAAGCCAAAGCAGAGGAAGGAAAGUAGGAGGAGGAAGAAAUACAGCUCCUCUUCUUCUUCAUCUGAGGAUGAAUCAUCUGAUUCAGAAUCAGAUUCUGAGUCUGAUGAUGACAGAAGAAGCAGUAGAAAGAAGAAGAGUAAGAGGCACAGUAACAACAAACGUCGUUGAUUUUGUUUAAGGAUAAAUCGCAAGUGGAUGAACUUUACAUGAAGAAACACUCACUGCUUCUUUUACUCAAGCUCAACUUUUGAAUUUCAAAGCCAUUUUUAUGGUUUAGUAUUGUUGUAUCACACUGAUUGAUUUGAGGAUCUCCUGUAGUUUCUUUAGCUCUUUAGAGAAAGUUGUAAACCCACAAGAAUAUUUGCACCAUAAAAUUAUCAAUCAAUCAUGUCAACUCCAGAGAUC